UGAAGGUUCACGUUUGACGCUGAGAGCAUGAUCAUGGCAGCAAGUACAGAAAUGAAACUGAACGCUUUAGCUAUGGGCGCCUUAGCAAAGUAUCCGAUUUCAAUUGUAUGCUUGGUUGGUCUCUUAGUUGCAUUCGUCUUCUUGUGGAGUUCAUUGCAGCAAAUGCAUUGUUCUAGCCAUCUUGAUCUUGACAUCGAUCUUGCUGUUGAUCGUGGCUCCUUGGCAGCAAUUGCAGCGACCACUUCGUUUACUGUCGAGGAGCUUGAAGCGUUUGACAAGAUCCUGAAGGCUGCAAGCUUGUCCAACGAGAAGAGGAUCAUUCUCACCACGCUGAAUCAGGCUUGGGCCUCCAGUGGGAGCAUGCUGGAUCAUUUCCUGGAGAGUUUCCGCGACGGAAACGGGAUCAGCUGGCUCUUGCAGCACGUAGUAAUAAUCGCCAUGGAUGAGCCUUCGCACAAGCGCUGCCUGGCGAUCCACGGCCACUGCUUCCAGAUGACGAGCAAAGGUGUCGAUUUCUCAGCGCAGGAGAAGCAGUUCAUGAGCAAAGACUACCUCAAGAUGACCAGGGAGAAGAUCAUGCUCAUGGGAAUCGUCUUGCGGAUGGGGUUCAGCUUCAUCUUCACGGAUGGAGACGUGAUGUGGUUCCGAGAUCCGUUCCAGCAUUUCACGCCUGAUGCAGAUCUGGAGCUAUCCUGCGACUACUUCUUCGGGAAUGCGAGUGACAUGAACAAUGCCCCCAACACAGGCUUCUUCCACGCUCGCUCCAACCAGCGGACCAUCCGGCUGUACAAAUUCUGGUACGACUCGCACGAGACAUUCCCUGGAAGGCACGAUCAGGACGUGUUCAAGGCGAUCAAAGGCACGAAAACCUUCCAAGAUCUGGGCCUCAAAGUCCGAUUCCUUCCAACUCAAUACUUCGAAGGCUUCUGCGCUCCUGUGAAGAACUUUGACAAGGUGAGCACCGUGCAUGCCAAUUGCUGUGUAGGCCUCCAGAAGAAGCUUCAGGACCUGACGUUGCUACGCGAAGAUUGGAAAAGGUACAAGCUCGCGAGCGAGAAGGUUGAGUGGAGAGUUCCCAAGCACUGCAAACUCAAAUAGAUGAAAACUCUGUUUUAAACAGUUAAGCAAAUAAAUGUCUUAACAAUAAAAGGAAGCAAAACAGCUAUAUAUACAACAAAGAACUAGAAAAGGAAUACUGUACACUACAACAAAGAAAGAAAGGGAGAAAAAAAUAAUCUCAACAUACCAGAUCAGGAGAGAAGAUCUA